CCGAGUAGGUGGGUCGGGAGCUCCCAGACCACGAGCGCUCCAGCCGCAGCCACCGCCUCCGUCGCGUCACUGCUCCGGGCCCGCCCUCCUCGGCCCCUCCCCGCACUCCGUUUUCCCCUCUCCCUCCUCCUCAGACCGAGCAGUGACUUAAGCAACGGAGCGCGGUGAAGCCCAUUUUUCUCCUUCCUCGCAGCCGCGCCGGGUACCUCGCGGCGAGCGGCCCCUCCACUCCGGCCCGAGAUGAACGCUGCGGCAGAAGCCGAGUUCAACAUCCUUCUGGCCACCGACUCCUACAAGGUUACUCACUAUAAACAGUAUCCACCCAACACAAGCAAAGUUUAUUCAUACUUUGAGUGCCGUGAAAAGAAGAUAGAAAACUCCAAAGUAAGGAAGGUGAAAUACGAGGAAACAGUAUUUUAUGGGUUGCAGUACAUUCUUAAUAAAUAUUUAAAAGGUAAGGUUGUGACCAAAGAGAAAAUCCAGGAAGCCAAAGAGGUAUACAAAGAACAUUUCCAGGACGAUGUCUUUAAUGAAAAAGGAUGGAACUACAUUCUUGAGAAAUACGAUGGGCAUCUCCCUAUAGAAGUGAAGGCCGUUCCUGAGGGCUCUGUCAUUCCCAGAGGAAAUGUUCUCUUCACAGUGGAAAACACAGAUCCAGAGUGCUACUGGCUUACAAAUUGGAUUGAGACUAUUCUUGUUCAAUCCUGGUAUCCAAUCACAGUGGCCACAAAUUCUAGAGAGCAGAAGAAAAUAUUGGCCAAAUACUUGUUGGAAACUUCUGGUAACUUAGAUGGCCUGGAAUACAAGUUACAUGAUUUUGGCUACAGAGGAGUCUCUUCCCAAGAGACUGCUGGCAUAGGGGCAUCUGCUCAUUUGGUUAACUUCAAAGGAACAGAUACAGUAGCGGGAAUUGCUCUGAUUAAAAAAUAUUAUGGCACAAAAGAUCCUGUUCCAGGCUAUUCUGUUCCAGCAGCAGAACACAGUACAAUUACAGCUUGGGGAAAAGACCAUGAAAAAGACGCUUUUGAACAUAUAGUAACACAGUUUUCAUCAGUGCCUGUAUCUGUGGUUAGCGAUAGCUAUGACAUUUAUAAUGCAUGUGAGAAAAUAUGGGGUGAAGAUCUAAGACAUUUAAUACUGUCCAGAAGUACAGAGGCACCACUGAUAAUCAGACCUGAUUCUGGAAAUCCUCUUGAUACUGUAUUAAAGGUUUUGGAUAUUUUAGGUAAAAAGUUUCCUGUUACUGAGAAUUCAAAAGGCUACAAGUUGCUGCCACCUUAUCUUAGAGUUAUUCAAGGGGAUGGAGUAGAUAUUAAUACUUUACAAGAGAUUGUAGAAGGCAUGAAACAAAAAAGGUGGAGUAUUGAAAAUGUUUCCUUCGGUUCUGGUGGAGCUUUGCUACAGAAGUUAACCAGAGAUCUCCUGAAUUGUUCCUUCAAGUGUAGCUAUGUUGUCACCAAUGGCCUUGGGAUUAAUGUCUUCAAAGACCCAGUUGCUGAUCCUAACAAAAGAUCCAAAAAGGGCCGGUUAUCAUUACAUAGGACACCAGCGGGGAAUUUUGUUACACUUGAGGAAGGAAAAGGAGAUCUUGAAGAAUAUGGUCAGGAUCUUCUCCAUACUGUCUUCAAGAAUGGGAAGGUGACAAAAAGCUAUUCAUUUGAUGAAGUAAGAAAGAAUGCACAGCUGAACAUAGAACUGGAAGCCGCACCCCAUUAGGCUCUGUCCUAUGGCAGGGUGCAUGCGCACAUGAGCACCCGUGUGAGAGUAUGUGGAACAUAAUGUUUAUUGUACAGCUGUGUGGGGUUUCUUUGUGUCUUAUGAUACAUUACAGCCAAAUUAUUUGUUGGUUUAUGGACAUAACUGCCCUUUUUUUCUUUCAUUUUCAGUAUUUAGGUGAUCUCAAAUUAGGCAACACACAUAACCAUUGUGAAAGAUUAAUGCUAAAGUAAGCUUUUUAGGGCCCUUUGCCAAUAGAUAGUAACUCAAUC